AUGCGUGUACUUCAAAAAUUGGGAUUCUGCCUUGAUAAUCAACAGAAACGGGAAACUCCUCCAGCCACUAAUAAUACGGGAGCAACAACGACAAAACGAGUCUCGGUGAUUGCGACUGAUAGAGAUCGAGCUUAUUUUCUACGACAGAAAAAUAUGAGAAACAACAAGAAUAGUGCUGAAAAGAGAUAUGAAGAGCCUCAAGGUUCCUCAAGUAUCCUUCAAAAUGGGUGGUUUUUGAAUUCUUCCCUUCAAGUAGAAUGA